AUGGAACAUGCAUAUUAUGCUUCAUUUGGUUACCAGGUUACUUCAUUUUUUGCCCCUUCUUCACGUUAUGGCACUCCCGAUCAGCUUAAACGUCUUAUCGACGAAGCUCAAUCGCAAGGCAUUUACGUUCUUUUGGAUAUAAUUCACAGCCAUGCUUGUAAAAAUAUAGACGAUGGUUUGAAUCGUUUUGAUGGUACCAAUAGUCAUUAUUUUCAUGAUGUCUCAAGAGGUGAACAUCAUAUCGGUAACCUUGUACAUACUCUUUCAAAUCGUCGUUGGAAAGAGGAGGAGAAGGCUGGUUAA